AUGUUCAGCAUUGAUUCAGUCUCAUGGGGAAGAGGCAUGAAAUUCGCAAGCAUAGGAGUCAAAACUAGUGUAAGAGUUGAUAAUGUGUCGCUCCCGUUAGAGCCGUCUGAAAAAGUUGACACAAGGACUAAUGUCCCUCUAUCUCAUUGCCGGCCUCUUUCAGUCAGUGGCUCCAUUGAAGCUCUUCCGCCAGCUGGAGAAAGCGCAGCAAGAGAAGAGCAUAAUGCAUGGCAAAGGCAGCAAGAAAAAGAAGAGAAGCUCAAAAAUUUCCAGCUGAGGACCCAAGAAAUCGUAAAGCAAAGAUUGAAAUGCGAAAAAGAAGAACUCAAGCAGGAACUUGAAUGGAAAGCAAAAAAAUUCAAUGCAAUUAGGGCUUACUGCGUUGAAAAGAAAGUUGGAGUUUCAGCUGACCACCUACAAAAGAAAUCCAAACCAACUGAAUCAAAAACCAAACAAAAAACUGAGAAAAGUAUGGAAAAAAGGGAAAAAAGGGAAAAGCAAGCUAGAGAGGAAGAAAAAGUGCCUGAGUAUGAAAUAUAUGAGGAAGUAAGAGAGGAUGAAAAACCCGCAGAACAAGAGAUUGAGCAGGUUGAAAUGGAAAUCGCUCUGGACCAAGAAAAAUAUGAAGCAGAGCCACCAAGGUCAUUCAAAAGUGAUUUUUCAGGCUACAAAAAGCAGCCCUUAAACAUCCAGCAGAUGGGGGUUGAAGAAAAUUUUGACAUCGUCCAAGACAAUCCUCCACAAAUUCAUUAUGACGAAGGGGUUGAGCAAGCUCCAUUCCUCAAUGAAUACAAGCAGCUGCAGUUUAAUAUGUUCUCAAUUCCAGAAGAAGAAGUCGAAAAAGUCCAGGACGAAGAAGAAUAUAGAAAUGCAAAAAAAGGAAGAUUCGAUAAAGUGUUCCAAAAGCUAGAAAGUGAGUAUGAGAAUCCUAAAGAAUACUUAAAAAAUGAAGUCUACGCACAAGAAAUUGAAGAAAGAAAUGAUCAAAUCGAAGAAGAUAGAGAAGAAGAGUAUGAAAAUCACUCUUUAGAAAAAAAGCAAACAAGGCUCUGUUUUAGUGAUGAGCCGCUUCCACAAAUGGUUAGUUUGGUAUUACAAAACUCGCGAGCAGCACUAAAAGCAAUGGGUGCUCACAUCAUUCACUCACUUAAAGACCAUGAAACUGCCCAAGUUCAAGCAAAAGUUACUGCCAAGUCAAGGUCAUCAAAAGAUGAAAUGCUGAGAAAGACCUGGGAUCAGCCACUUUUUGACGACCAUGCCUUGGAAGUAGCAUUGGUUAGAAAAAUUGCAGAAAUCCAAGAGCAUCAUGCUGCCAGUAUGAUGAAGCCAAGAGCCAAAUCAGCUGGGCCAAGAGUGGCUUGGGGAACACCUUUGGUAUCUGAAUUAUCUAAAAAAGUCCAGUUCGCGAGAAGCUUUGCAUUAAAUAAAGAAAGAAAUCGAGAAAAAAAGUCUGAAACUUCUCCUGAUAUUGGCAGAAGAAGUCAAACUCCAAGCAAAGAAGAAAGAACAAGGUAUAUGAGAGUUGAUGACCGGAAAAAGAGCUUUGGACCCAAGCUGCCUGCUGAAGACAGGCCUAGAUCUAGGUCUCCGCUCAGAGCCAAAAGCACUCCAGGAAUUUCUCCAGGAAGAAGCAAGAGCAACUUAAGAAAUCAAAAACUCGCCGAAAAAGUAGAACAGCUAGCAGCUGAUGUAAAAGAAGGUGCCAAGCUCGAGCCACCUCCUAUAAACUACUCAAAGCGGCACUUGGACUCAAUAAAAUACAUCACAGCCCUUAAAAGAGUGGUAAGAGAUCAAUUAAAAGAAAAGUUCUCAGAGUUAAUCCCAGCAGUUUGUACCUGCGGGUCUAUGAAUCGAGUAAAAAAUUUGAACCACCCAGUGAUGUGUGCGAACAACUGUCCAUUCUACAAGCGUCAGCAAGAAUUCCAGCGUGCCUCGACUGAGAUGAUCCAGAGUUUCAAACAGUCUCAGUGGGGGAAAUAA